GCAUCGAAGAUGAGAAAGCGCUGGAGAGAGCGAUUUUCAAGGAACAGAGCAACAGAUGAGGACAGCCCUACAUCAAUGCCAGUCAGCGUUCCAGAUGCUGAGGAGCUGUCCGAUGCCGAGGGUGAUGCCAUGGCAAUGCAACAUGAUCUGUUUGGAGGCAGUUUUGAUUUUGAUUUUUUGGAUGAUACAAAAGUUUUCACUGGGGCUGGUAGUGCAACAGGUGAGCAACAUGGUUUUCCACCCAAACCACCGCAGCUGCCUUUCAUGCAUGAUGAACCAGACAGCCGUUUGAAGUUUGUGGACAAGGGUUCAGGACUUUCUCAUGAUCAACCAGCCAAAUUUGAGAAGGUGGCAACUGCAGUGCCGUCGACAGUGGUUUCAGCAGCUGUCAGAUUGACUGACAAGAAGCCCAUUCUCUUUCCGUGGGAGAAAGGAAGACUCGGUCGCAUCUUGGGUGAUCAAGGUCGUCUGAGUUUGAAACAACCCAAACUGCAUGCUGGUUCAAACAACUUUGUACAAGUUGGUGUGGGCAUUUCAGAUGGAUUCAAGCUGGAUGGUUCGGUUUCUGUGCAACCCGCAACAUGUGACAAGGCUAUUUACAGGUCGGUAGUCAAACACAUUGUGGGCUGCACAUACAUGGAAGAGCGCGCAGCUCAGCGUGAACAUGCAAUUCGACAGUGGUGGGAUUUGCUCCGCCUCAACCUAUCAAUGAGCGAUCCAGGCAGAGCGGCAGUCCAUGAGAAGGGUCUGUCAGACAUUUUCAGAUAUGGUCUUGAGCUGCUUGACGCUGUGUUCGGUUUGAAAAGCCCCGGUACACUGAUGAAAAGAUUGUGUGCCAUCAAACUUUUCAACCAGUGGAUCAUACGCAACUACACCGAGACCUGGCUACCUCUCCAAGAACGACAUGUCUGGAGCUACAUCAGGUUUCUACGUGAAUCCAAAGCUCCAGCCUCGAGGGCGGUUAGCCUUCUGGAGUCAAUUCGAUUCUGCCAUCAUAUGCUGAAGGUGGACGGGUCAUUGGAAAUUCUGGAGAGCUUGCGUGUGAGAGGCUUGGCAUCACAGCUCUUUGCAAACAAGAAGCCGUGGAGACCGUCCGACGUCCUGACCGUGAAUGAUGUGGAGUUCCUGCAUCACAGCUUUAUGGAUUCCACAAAGAGUGACAUUGAUCGGGUCUUUAUUGGGCACCUUCUGCAUAUGCUGUAUGCCAGGGCCAGGUUCAGUGACCUACUGGCCGUGACAGAUUUGUUCUUGGACUCCGAGGACGCCUUUCUGGAGGUGAAUGCUGCUCUGCACAAAGGUGCCCGAAGCCUGGAUGCAAAAUCGAAAUUGCUGCCAAUUGUAGCACCUGCUGUGGGAAUCAAUGGUGAGAACUGGGCAAAGAUGUAUCUUGAACUUCGUCGACUGGUUGGCCUGCGCAAUCCGAAAGAGGAGCCAGUUCCUAUGUUGUUGGCUCCCAACAAAGGAGUGCAAGGAUGGAACGAGCGAUACAUCACUUCCCAGGAACUCAACCAUUUCAUCAAGCGGCUUUUCAUGUCAAGCGGAAGACCCAUUGCUGGCAGAAAAAUCACGACCCACUCGAUGAAAGCUACAACGCUUUCUUGGUGUGCCAAGCUUGGUGUUCCAGAAGAACACAGAGCCAUUCUUGCCAGGCAUGCGAAAAGUGUACAAGGUGCAACCGUUUUGUAUUCCCGUGAUUUGAUCACCUGUGCCCUGCGCUCGCUGACAGGGGUGCUCACCUCAAUCAAGGACAAGGGUUUUCAUCCAGAUAAGACAAGGUCUGGGAUGAUUACACCCGCAGCAGCAACACCGGCAGGCGCACCAGUGACGCCCUUCAACAUUGCAGUUCCGGUGACAGCUGGGAAUCAAGCCGUGCAUGGAGCUCAAGCCAACGCAGCUCAAGACAUUGCUGGUGAUGCUGGCCCUGAUGCAAAAUCAGAUGGUGUGACUGCGGAAGAUGCGGCAGGAGCACAGAGCCCAAGUGGCAUGGCGUGGGAUGGAGGCUCGGUUGGGUAUUCGCCAGGCACUCCGUUACAAUGCAUCCCUGUCAAAGAGGAGUUCACUUGGCCUGACAGCAGCUGGGAUGGCUCAGUGAUUGACCUUGAAGAGCAGCAUGAUCUUUUGCGAGAUUGGCACUCUGGAUCUGAAGAAGAAUCCAGUGGGUGCUCCGAGUCAGACGACAGCGAUGACUAUGUCUGGGAGGAGUCACCGAAGGAGAAGGCAAGCUCCUCCAGAGGGCCAGCUCUUGUGCCAAAGUGGUACAUCAAUGUGAAGACCAACGUCAUCCAUGAGAGAAGGAAUGACACCACCUUCCGUUGUGGCAGACCUAUGGGAGCCACCUACGUAGCGAUCCCAGCACUGACUGGGCUGAGAUGCGGCAAGUGCUUUGCGCACAGCCUGUGA